AUGACUGUGUAUAAAGGCACCCGGCCACUCAAGGCACACAGCCAGCAACUGAUCCUACCAUUCACUCCUGAGCCAGAGGUACCUUCCAAAGCAUCAUGAUGCUCAAGUCUGUCACAGAGAGCUUUGCCAGUAUGAUUCACGGCUUGAGAGUGGGCCACCUGACAGAUGGCGUCAUUCAGCGGAGCAAGAGGAUGAUCCUGGACUCUCUGGGCGUUGGUUUCCUGGGGACAGGCACGGAAGUGUUCCAUAAUGUCACCCAAUAUAGUAAAAUCUACAGUUCCAACACCUCCAGCACCGUUUGGGGUCGACCAGACUUCAGGCUCCCUCCCACAUAUGCUGCUUUUGUUAACGGUGUCGCUAUUCACUCCAUGGAUUUUGAUGACACGUGGCACCCUGCCACCCACCCUUCCGGGGCUGUCCUACCUGUGCUCACAGCUUUAUCGGAAGCCCUGCCUCAGACGCCAAAGUUUUCUGGCCUUGACCUGCUGCUGGCGUUCAACGUUGGUAUUGAAGUACAAGGACGAUUGUUGCACUUCUCCAAGGAGGCCAAGGACAUACCAAAGAGGUUCCAUCCUCCCUCUGUGGUGGGGACUCUGGGAAGUGCUGCUGCCACAUCCAAGUUUUUGGGGCUCAGCUUAACAAAGUGCCGUGAGGCCUUGGCUAUUGCUGUUUCCCAUGCCGGGGCGCCCAUAGCAAAUGCUGCCACUCAGACUAAGCCCCUUCAUAUCGGCAAUGCAGCCAAGCAUGGGAUGGAAGCCACCUUUCUGGCAAUGCUGGGCCUCCAAGGAAACAAACAGAUCUUGGACCUGGGGUCAGGGUUUGGCGCCUUCUAUGCCAACUACUCCCCCAAAGACCUUCCAAGCCUGGAUUCUCACAUCUGGCUCUUGGACCAGCAGGACGUGGCCUUUAAGAGCUUCCCGGCACAUCUGGCUACCCACUGGGUGGCAGACGCAGCCGCAGCUGUGAGAAAGCACCUCGUGACUUCAGAAAGAGCCCUGCUUCCUGCUGACCACAUCGAGAGAAUCAUGCUCAGGAUCCCUGAUGUCCAGUACGUAAACAGGCCCUUCCCGGACUCAGAGCAUGAAGCCCGUCAUUCCUUCCAGUAUGUGGCCUGUGCCAUGCUGCUCGACGGUAGCGUCACUGUCCCAUCCUUCUAUAGCCAGAAGGUCAACAGGCCUCAGGUGAAAGAGUUGCUCAAGAAGGUGGAACUGGAACAUCCUCCCGACAACCUGCCGAGCUUCAACACGCUCUACUGUGAAAUAAGCAUCACUCUAAAGGAUGGAACCACUUUCACCGAGCGCUCUGACACCUUCUAUGGUCACUGGAGGAAACCACUGAGCCAGGAGGAUCUGCACAAGAAGUUCCGCCUCAAAGAUUCUAGGCGAGGACACAGUAGAAAGCCUUAUAAAGGUAGUAGAAAAACUAGAAGACCUAGAAGACUGCACCACGCUAACCAGACUUCUGAAAGGACCCUCUGUCCAAGACGAGGCUUCCAAACUAUCCAGCAUAUUCUCAUUCCAUCACACAAGUUUGCCCAAGUUUACCAAUAUCUAAACAAGGUUGCAAUGGAAGAGAUACAAUGUUUUAGUUUACUGCUCCAUAUGCCCAGCCAUGAAUGCAGCAAGGUGGAUAGUCCAGAAACAAGAGAGAAGUGUAUUUAGAAGGAGUCUUGUCCUAUAAGUUUGGUAGAAACCAGUCCUACCACCUUUAAACAACGCAGGAUCUGAUGUGUAUUCACAAGGGUUAAAGUCUAAGUCACCUGUUGUCUGCUUAUAAUCUUUUCUGAGGAAUUAUUUAUUAGCUCCGGGAACUUCAUAGAUGUAGAGGAAUGUGCAUGUGGCUGGCUGCAGAGGGAGCAAGCUUGGUCUACCCACCAAUUAUCCAGAGAGGGUGGGUACUGCCCAACCCUCCUCUCUGCAAUGGCUGGUUUGAGGGAGUGGCAGGCACCUUGUAUUCUUCCACAUAUAGCCUUGAAUCCUUCUGCUUCAGCUUCUCUUCUGCAGAGAUAAGACAAUCUGAGCUGCAGCAGGGAAGGCUUAAGACCCAUAGUUUCACUCUUUCUAUGAAUUAGUCUGUUACCUCAAAAAUUAUUUUGAGAAAAUUUGAGAAGUUGGAGACAAUAAAAAUGAAAGGGG